GUCGAUCUGCGGGGCGGCGGGAGAAAUAUACCUACCCUACCCUUUCCUUUCUCUCUCUCUCUCUCUCUCUCUCUCAUAUUUAUCUCCGUUUAUUGUUGACUUUGCAUCUAACUAUCCGUUUGCUCCAGUGCCUUCGGAACACUCAAAAUGCAUCUAUCGCGACCGUUGUUCUGCACCCUUAUUGCGGCUGCCGUCGUUGUCGGAACGGACAUCGAUUCCAAUGAUAUCCCUACCCAAUGCCAACAGGUUUGCGCGGCGGUGGUGAGCUUGACUGCAACCUGCGACCGCAAGACCGACGACGACAAGCAAGAACAAGAUUGCAUCUGCAAGGAUUCUCAGGCGCCGACUAGCAUCCCCUUAUGCGAAGCGUGUAUUGCGCAGAAUAGUCGUGAUGGACACGAUAACGAUGCCAACGACCUCGUUCGAUCCUGUUCAUUCAGCACCACGUCUUACAACCCCGCGGCUACGACGACUUCUUUCAACACCAGCAGCACAGCGACUCAUUCUGCGAGCAGCUCAUCGACCGCUUCUCGCAGUGGAACCACUACGGGGACAUCUCCAGCUCGAACCUCGGACUCGGCCGGCGUCGUACUGUUUAGCCCUGAUUUGGGGCUUUUCGGCUCUGUGAUCAUGGCUUUGCUUGGCAUCAUGCAAAUUUAAGCUCUGUGAUGAUCUCUUUCGCUUGAUCUGGUCUUUGCUGUGCCACUCAGACCUGUAUGUAGAAUACUUCCGAAAGCGAGAUAUGGAAGUGCUACAUAGUUUAUGCACCCCGUUCGAUCGAAGAUGCUUCGCUAAAUAAAACUACGAGGACUUCUCGUUCGUAAAGGAUUUCUGUAGGUGCAUUUCAUCCAUUUCCAUACGCACCCGGGUUUCAUAUUCUCUCCAGGCUGCGCCACAGCGGUACGUGGUUGUGACUUGUCCAUGCAAAAAGUAUAUUGCUACGGGAAAUCCAAUCGGUGGUUAACACUGGAUAACCCUUUUGUACCAAGAAAAGAAUAUCCAACGGCGAGGGUCACAUACAUGGAUGGGGGUUCAAAAGGAGAAAUACACGCCAAAAUUAUGUAUAAUUAAAC